CGUGGCCGGAGGGAGUGGGGGCGUGGCCAGAGGCUCCUCGACGGCGUCCCCGGCUCGGCUUCUCCGCGCUGCAGCCGGUGCGGGUGGCGGUGCGGGCGGCUGCGACGGGCGGCGAUGGCGGCCCCGGGGGCGCGCUUCCAGUUCGCCAUCGACCGCGGCGGCACCUUCACCGACGUCAUCGGCGCGCGGGCACUCGGCGGGCGCGUCCGCGUGCUGAAGCUGCUCUCCGAGGACCCCGCCAACUACCGCGACGCGCCCACCGAGGGCAUCCGCCGCAUCCUGCAGGAGGAGUGUGGCACCCCGUUCCCGAAAGACCAGCCGCUGGACACCUCGCACGUCGAGUGGAUCCGCAUGGGCACCACGGUGGCCACGAACGCCCUGCUGGAGCGGAAGGGCGAGCGGCUGGCCUUGCUGAUCACCAAGGGCUUCCGGGACCUGCUGUACGUGGGCACCCAGGCCCGGCCCAAGAUCUUCGACCUGGCCGUGUCCGUGCCGGAGGUCCUGUACGAAGCGGUCGUGGAAGUGGAUGAGCGCGUCGUCCUUCAUCAGGAGGGAUGUCAGCUUUUUGGCGAUGGCCAGCCAAUCAAAAGUGUGACAGGCGUAACUUCACUUGGUGGUGCAGCCGCACUCUGUGGAUUCCCUGGAUGCCCUAAAGGGGCGGGGCUGCCAUCGAGACUGUUUGCAAAGGGAUCCCUGCUGCCUGAUCAGCACCUCUGGCGGAUUCUGCCUGAGCAAAGCCUUUUAGAAGCUGGGAACGGGGCCCAGAGGUGGCACCAUCAUUUCAGACACAAGCCGGGCAUAAGGGAAUGCCAAGAAGUGGUACCUGCACGGGAGGAGCAAAGUGGGGCCUGUUCUUGCAUUGCAAACUUGGCGGGGGAGGGGGGAGGGGGCUGUCUUUGUGGUAGAAGCUACUAUAGUAACCAAGGCUGGUGUACAACAGGCCCCGUGUUGAUCUUGCGGAGCGUUUGUCCCGGGGACGGGUCUGGGGAGAGGCACGUCAGGAAUCCUGCAGAGGGAGGCUCUGCCGCAAAACCUCCGGGGAGGCCGAUGUCUCUCACAGCAGAAGCAAGCGGGGGACUGGCCGGACUUGGAGGAUCGGCUGUUCCUGACAGGUGGCCCAACCAUGAGCAGCAGGUGGGGGCCUUGGCCCGUGAUCUGGGCUUCCGGCAAGUGUCGCUUUCCUCAGAGGUGAUGCCGAUGGUGCGGGCCGUGCCCCGUGGCUACACCGCGUGUGCGGACGCCUACCUCACCCCUUGCAUCAGCCGCUAUCUGGAAGGGUUUCGGGCUGGCUUUGCUUCCCAACUCCAGGGUGUGCCAGUCUUGUUCAUGCGCUCUGACGGCGGCCUCACGCCCAUGGACGCCUUCAGCGGUUCUCGCGCCAUCGUGUCAGGCCCUGCCGGUGGAGUCGUGGGCUACGCGGUCACCACCUACCGCCAGGAGGGUGGGCUGCCUGUCAUUGGCUUCGAUAUGGGUGGGACCUCCACGGACGUGAGCCGCUACGCAGGGGAGUACGAGCACGUCUUUGAGGCCACAACUGCUGGCAUCAGCAUCCAGGCCCCACAGCUGGACAUCAACACGGUGGCUGCUGGGGGCGGCUCGCAGCUCUUCUUCAGAUCUGGGCUCUUUGUGGUUGGCCCCGAGUCAGCGGGGGCUCAUCCGGGACCCUCUUGCUACAGGAAAGGAGGGCCCCUGACUGUGACGGAUGCCAACCUGUGCCUCGGCCGUCUUCUGCCCGAGUAUUUCCCGUGCAUCUUUGGGCCCCACGAGGACCAGCCGCUCUCGCAGGACGCCCCCCUGCAGGCCUUUCGGAAGCUCACUGCCGACAUCAAUGCCUUCCUGGGGCCCUGGUCAGCCCUCAGUGUGGAGGAAGUGGCCCUGGGCUUCAUCCGGGUGGCCAACGAAGCCAUGUGCCGGCCGAUCCGCGCCUUGACGCAGGCACGGGGCCACGAUACGGCGCGUCAUGUGCUUGCCUGCUUUGGUGGUGCUGGGGGACAGCACGCCUGUGCCGUCGCUCGGAUCUUGGGCAUGAGAAGAGUGUUUAUCCACAAGUACAGCGGGAUCCUGUCGGCCUACGGGCUGGCUCUGGCCAAUGUGGUGCACGAGGCCCAGGAGCCGUGUGCGCUGGUCUAUGCCCCCGAGGCCUUUGCCCGGCUGGACGAGCGGGUGGCAGCCCUGGAAGAGGAGUGUGUCCAGGCUCUGGUGGCCCAGGGCUUCCGCAGAGCCCAGAUCAGCACGGAGGCCUUUCUCCACAUGCGCUACGAGCGGACGGACUGCGCUCUCAUGUGCUCGGCGAAGGGCCACCCGGCCACUCCCGCCUCCUGCCACUCCGGUGACUUCAGGGCUUCCUUCGCUACCAGAUACUUGCAGGAGUUUGGCUUCACCAUCCCCAGCCGGGCCGUCCUGGUGGAUGACAUCCGGGUGAGGGGCACCGCCACCAGCGGGCUGGGUCAGGAGGAGCCGGUGCCCGCCAGCAAGGCAGCCGCCCGGGUCGAGAAGGUGACUCGCUGCUAUUUUGAGGGGGGCUACCAGGACACCUGCAUCUACCUGCUGGAGGAUCUCUCCUGGGGCCACUGCGUCCCGGGCCCCAGCAUCCUGAUUGAUCAAAACAGCACCAUUCUGGUUGAGCCGGCCAGCUGUAAUGGGCGGCUGUGACCUCGCCUU